AUGGAAGACUGUUCUCAUUGUCCAGGAGGUCAUUAUUCAAACCAUGACAAAGAUGCAUGCAUUCCAAAACACAUAACUUAUUUAUCCUAUGAAGAACCCUUGGGGAUCAGUUUAGCUAUUUGUGCUCUUUCUUUUUCUUUUAUCACAGCUCUGAUGCUUGGGAUUUUCACUAAACACAAAAACACUCCCAUCAUCAAAGCUAACAACCGGAAUCUCACCUACACUCUUCUAGUUUCUCUCCUCCUUUCUUUUCUUUGUGUUUUAUUAUUUAUUGGAAAACCUAAUAAGAUUGUCUGUCUCCUUCGACAACCAGCUUUUGGAAUCAUCUUCUCCAUGGCAGUUUCCUGUGUGUUGGCCAAAACUUUUGUUGUGGUCCUAGUUUUUAUGGCUAUUAAGCCAGGAUCUAGAAUGAGAAAAUGGGUGGGAAAAGCAAUGGACAGCUACAUUGUUCUUUUUUGUUGCCUUGUUAAAACCAGUAUUUGCAUCACAUGGCUGGCACUUUUUCCACCAUAUCCAGAUUUUGAUGUGCACUCAAUGUCUGAAGAGAUCAUCAUGGAGUGUAAUGAUGGAUCAGUCACUAUGUUCUACAGUGUUUUGGGUUUUAUGGGUUUCCUGGCAGUGGUCAGCUUCUCUGUUGCUUUUCUAGCUAGGAAGUUACCUGAUACUUUCAAUGAAGCUAAAUUCAUAACUUUCAGUAUGUUGGUCUUCUGCAUUGUUUGGUUGUGCUUUAUUCCUACCUAUAUAAGCACAAGGGGAAAAUACAUGUUGGCUGUGGAGAUCUUCUCCAUGAUCUCCUCCAGUGCUGGCUUAUUGAUGUGUAUCUUUUUCCCCAAGUGUUUUAUCAUUGUAAUGAGACCUGAACUGAACAAUAAGCAUCAGUUAAUGAAAAAAAUGUUUUAA